AUGGCAGAUUUCCAGACAGCUAGAAAACACAUGGAAAGAAAACAGAUAGAAAGAAAACGCCUGAUAAAAGAGGUUGAAAAACUCUUGGGAGAUUAUGUUGGCAUCAGACUUCGGGAAAUUGAAUUUGACCCAAAAGGAAGAAGGCAGCCUACCUUUCUAGAUUACAUGGCUCAUUAUGACUUAGCCAUCAAUGUUGCUCUACUAUGGCUAAAUGAGUCAGAAAACAAAACUCCUUUGACAAAAGGGAAAAAGAAUGUACCAGUUCACAGGAGAUACAUAUAUCCCAACCGAAUUGAGAGAAAAGCUAUGAUUUUAUCUUCGUAUGCUGGAAUAUUAAUGAAUAGCAUCCCUGUUGAAGAGGUCUUUGAGAUUUACAGCACUGCACCCUCAGCCACACACUGGCAGCACUCUGAAAAAGGUCACUGGAUUCACCCUUUCAACCUCUCACUGCACCCUUUUGCCAUGCUGACAGCUCCCAAAGCUGCAGAGUAUGCCUGGAAACAGAGCGUCAAAUUUAAAAAAGCAGCAAGAAAGACUGCCAACAGUACCAGCAGAAGAAAUAACAAGGAUGGUGAGCUACCAGAACCUCCAUCUUCAGAAAAGCAGCAGGAAGGCAAAGGAUCCAGAACAGAACUUAAACAAGAAAUCUUUUCAGAGGACUCUGGGACAAGUCAGGUUACAAAGAAUGAAACAAAAAUAUAA